AUGAAAGAAGUUUUCCCCGAAGGAGGGUUUCCGCCACUGCGGCCGCUGGGACAUGCGGAAAAAUAUUCUACAACGCGGAGUCAUUUGGGGAUUUAUCUCAACGUGGCUUUGACUGCCUGCUACAAGCGACCAAGCGGAGCACCCGUGAAACCGGCACUCUUUUACGCUCUCUCGAUACUCAUCUCGAAGCACCCUAUACUUUCGGCCAUUCCAUUUGCUAUCGAUACACCAAAUCCUUACUUUGUCCGUCUUCCUAAGAUUACACUCAGUGAAGUUGUGUCCUUAAUGGAAGAGGAAGCGAAUCCUUCCAGCUCGGAUGGGAGAGAGACCCUCGAUAAGGUCCUCCAGGAGCAACACAAUUGUCCCUUCGAGAUUGACCCAAAAAGGCCUCUUCCAUUCUGGAGAUUAUGCGUUCUGGAGAGGAGUAGUUCUCCUGAAAGCUUUAUCCUUGUGUUCGUGUUUCACCAUUCACUCAUGGACACCCAAAGCGCUCUUUCGUUUCACGAAGAACUGGAAGGAUAUAUGGCUCAAUAUGCCGGUCUUGAGCCAAGUGAUACAGUCUACAGUCCAUCUAAUGCCCUUGUUCCUCCACUAGAGGGCUUGUGUACACUUCCUGUUUCAAAGGAGUUUUUUCAGUCUCAAGAAAAGGGUAGUGAGCCAUCACCCGAUAGCUGGACGGGUGCUCCCCAGUUCACACCUGUAAAGACACGCUUUUCUUCUUUAUGGCUAUCUGAGGUUGACACGAAAGUCCUCAUAGCACUGAGCAAAAAGGAGCAGACCUCCGUGACAGCGACAAUUCAAGUGCUCAUCGCGACCUGCAUCUUCUCUGUUCUUCCGACAACAUAUCAUACACUACAGGGCGACUGUGCGGUCUCACUGAGAAGAUUUCUCCCAGAGCCGGUCACUGCGACCACUUUGGGUUGCUAUGUCGGAUCGUUAUCCACAAAGUACCACAGAAAUACAUCUUUUAAUUGGAAUGAGUCUCGCCGCACCAAGGUGGCCAUCGAACAUGUCAUGGCACAGAAAGGCGGUAACAUGCCGGUCGGAUACUUGCCAUUCAUUCAAAACCAACACCACUGGAUGUUACAAAAAUUGGGCCAGAAUAGAAAUAGUGCAUUUGAGUUGUCCAACAUUGGGACAACUUCUACACUGCGAGGAGGAACGAACUUCAAAAUUGAGAGUAUGUUGUUUAGUCAAAGCUCUAGUGCUUGCAGCGGUGCGAUCAAGGUCAGUGCUGUAACAGGGCCGGAUGGAAGAUUGGCGCUGGGCUUCACCUGGCAAGAAGGGGUGAUAGAAGCCGGCAUGAUCGAAAAGGUCCAAAGCGCCCUCAAAGGCGAGAUAAAAAGAUUAGCAGUGUCUGCAUAG